ACGGAGCCCCCCAGGAUGAAGCUGACUACCCGGACCUGGAUGAGGACGGAUCCCCGGAGGUGCCGGGGGGGCCGUCCCGCUGCCAGGACCCCUACCAGGACUGGGUGGCCCUAUACUGCUGGGCCCCCUUCCACGCCACCCUCAUGGCCACCCCCGAGGGCAGCCGCUGCCGCUGGGAGCAGAUCGGGAGCGCCUACAGCGAGCUCUCCGCCUGCACCGAGCUCCUGGCCCGGCUGUUUGCCUGCCCCUGGCCCAGCACCGCUCUCGACGCCUUUUUCCUGCAGGUCCACGCCGAAUAUUUCAGCAACUGCAGCAGGACGGAGCCCCCCGGGCUGGGGGGGCCGCCCCCCGGGCUGGCUGCCGCUGUGGCUGUGGGGCUGGGCUGCCUCGUGCCCCUCGCAGCCGCCGUCACCCUCAGCAGAGCCCGGAGAGGGGCUCGGAGCCCGGCGGGGGGUGGCACAGCCCCCGGUGUCCCAGUGCCUGAACUGGGCUGAGAGCAAACCCCGGGGGUUCAAUGGAGGGGGCGAAGGGAGACGAGGGAUUUCACAACCCAGCCCAGACAGGAUUAAAGAGAAAUACACAAGUAAACAAAAUCGCGGCCUCCUCACACCGGACGGGGCUGCGAAGGGAGCAGAAGCCUCUCCUAGGCCGGGCCGCCCGGGGUGUCCAACUGCCCCUGUCAGAGGAAAGGAGUCGCUUCCUGUUAUUUCCAUUGAAAUACUUGUCCCGCUCGUUAGCCCCGCAGGCUGUGGCAGGAUGGCACCGUGCGCGCCCACGGGCUCCGGCCGCCUCUCCCGAGGGCUCCUCCUGCUCUGGGCGCUGCUGGGGCGGGGGCUGUGCCACACGGCCGGCAAGGCGGACGGCUUCGGCCAGGAGGCGAGGACGAGCCCCCCGAUGGCCAAGGAGAACUCCACAGAGGAGGUGUACGGCGCCAUGGCGGAGAGGUGCUGGGAGUUCUUCGUCGAACUGAUGAGGAACGUGACGGUGCCGCAGCUGUGCGACUGGAAGGUCAUCAGCAGGCCCUACAGCUUGCUGCAGGAGUGCUUGGAGGGCUCGGCCGAACACCUCAACCACGGCUACCCCAACGCGCUGGCCGAGCGCUUCAUCUUCCAGAGCCACCACCGCUACUUCCACAACUGCUCGGUGGGCAACCAGGUGUUCGACCCCCCCGAGGACGUGCUGCUGGCCAUGGUCUUCGCCCCCAUCUGCCUCAUCCCCUUCCUCGUCACCGUCGUCAUCUGGCGCAGCAAGGACGGCAAGGCGCAGCCCUAAGGCGCCUGCCGUCACCGCCAUCGUCACCUCUGUGCCCGGUGCCCGGUGCCCGGUGCUGGGCUCCCAGUUACUCCUGUACCGGGGGGGGGGGGGGGGUUGGGUCCAGGACCCCCCCUCCCGGUGCCUCCCUGACCACCCGCCAGCCCGCGGCGGGCUAGUAAAGGCUGCUUGCCCCCAGCCCUGGGGUGCUUCUUCCA